AAAACAUCCAAAAAGGCCUCAUCAAACAUGUUUGCAUCUAUUCCAGCAUCAGUCAGAGGUCCAGCCAACCAACACCAACACCAACAUCACCAAGCCCGGGCCAACACACACCAAAGGCCAUUUCUUGGCAUCAACACCCAAACACUACCCAUAGCAGCACCAACAGCAGUAGCUGCAACUGCGGCCAAAGACAAUCAGGACCAUUGUACACGCCAAAACAUUAGUGGCGCCAGCGGCAUCAGCAUCAACAUCCGACAUAGCACGCAUUCCCACCGCCCCUCAACAGCAUCCGUCUCGCAGGAACCAUCGACCCGUCUAAUUCCCAAAUCACCCGCCUCAAUCGCCUCCUCGGCCAUAUCCGCAGCCAUCUCGCUGCCCUCGGAAUCAAUUGCCGACGUCACCAGCGUAACCGCCACUGGUGCCUUCAGUCCACCAAAUCAGCCGCUCGGUUUCUUGUCAGCGUCGGUGCCACCACCCACGCGCAGAUCGUCGUUUGCUUCAAGCAGUUUUCUUGGCCGCCACUUUGCCCGCCCAUGGUCGUACUUGUCGCUGGCAGCCAGAAAAAUGACUGUGCCGGAUUUGGCCUUAGACACGGACUUGGAUUCUGCGAAUAUGCGCUGGCAAAGCCCUGUUAAUAUUGGCAAAUCAGUCCAGCCCGAAUUGCUGCAGCCCAGUGUGAGCAUUAGCAGCAACAGCAGUAGCAGAAUGAGCAUUUACUCAUCUUCUUCCCAACCCAUCGAGUCCCAUCAUGUUUGUGCCAGUGCAUCGCAACACGUGCUUUUUGACCAAUUUAGUUCCGGUGAGAUUCCGCUUCCGCAUAGCACAAUCAGAAUCAACAAUACAGCGGAUGCCGCUGGCGAGGGGGGCUUUGCUGCGCACAAUGCCCAAAAUGGUGAUAUUCAGACUCCAAUUUCCCAACAGCCUCAUCCUCAUGAGCAGCAACUCAGCAUCCGUAUUUGUGAGCAGCGGACGGUUACAAAAUAUUCAGCAACCCUGCCUGCAGAUUCUGUCCCCCCUGCAGCAACCUCAGCAGCACCAGCAGCUGCUGCUGCUAGGAUAUUGCCGGCAGAUACGGCGCAUCGGGAUACUAAUGACCAUGGGUACAAUGGCAGAGACGGCGGCGUCAGCCAUACUUUGCUCACCGGUUUGUCUUUUCUUGCCUGCCGCUCCAUGCCUACCGAUGCAGCCGCGCAUAACAACAAUUUUUUGAUGCCUUCCAACAUGGAUCUGCAGGUAGAGAAUGCAUUUGACACUUUAGCCAGGUCUCCAGACGUGUGGGAUCAGCAAUUGGAUGUUUUCUCGCCGCUCUCUGCUUUCUCUCCUGUCAUGGCCUCAAAUAUGGAUCUUGCAGCGGAUCGCUCAAGGCAGCAGCCAGGACAGCAGCAGUACUGGUCGGCGUCUGUGGAAAGCAGGUAUAGCGGGUUUGCUGGUCACCCUUUAAACAAUUACUCUGGGAACAACUAUUGUUAUAACUAUGCCGACAUUUUCAGCAAUGGUAAUAGCGAUGACGAUGGUGAUGGCGAUGGCUACGAUUCCAGCGACAAGGGCAAUGCCAGUGAACCCGUAGACGUAGUGGAUAGCAAUGACAGCCAUGAGGAGAGCGAUGAUGGCUGUGACAGCGAGGAAGAAAAAACACAGGCUGAAGUAAAGCUGCGCUUGGAACUGUGCCAGGAAAUGCCCUUCUGGAACUGCAUUCUGACGCGCGACACAAACGAGUUUUUGUAUACAAGCGUGCUUUUUAAUGCUGUUCCCCCGGUCACUGCGCCCGAGCAGCCAAAUAAUUACUUUAUUGAUCCCAGAUUGCCACGCCUGGCGACGCCCGAGAUCGUCAACUCAAUUAUUGAGUACCUCAACUUGAUUUACCGCAGAGGCUCAUGCAACGUGUUUGUCUCUUUGGAGCUGCGGCUGCCAAACAUUGGUGACUUUAUAUGGAUGAUUUUUGACGACACUGGCGUUGACAUGUGGACGGCCCUGACCUGCAUUAUUCUUCUGCGCCGGUACUACAAAAUCCACAAUCGCGCGAUUGAUGCGCCGCACCACGCCACACACGAACUAUUUAUCGGCAUAUUUAUGCUGGCAACCGAAUCCUGCGAGUUGACCACCGACCCGUCACGGUUUUCCUACGAAAGUCUGGUCAGAAUAACUAGCCCACAUUACCAAAAGUGCGAGCUCGUGCGGAUCCGCACCAAAGUGGUCCAAAAUCUGCAGUACCAGAUUUGGAUUAACGCGCAGCACAUCAUUGACCAUGUGGAAACCAACCUCUUUGACGUAUACCGGCUCUACCACUCACAUGAGUACUACAAGAAACGACAGGAGCAGCGGCAGCAGCUCAAGGAUCAAGAAGAGGAGGGGCGAGAAUUACGCGAGCAAGAGAUGAAUGCAUAUAAGAUAUAUAUGUCGCGGGCACCACAUGAUUCCAGUGGAAGUUGGAAUUUAAAUACGGUUAAUUGUACGGAGCAGAGGUUUUAUUUUAGGCAUUUGCCUUGGCCGCGCGGAAUGGUUAUGCCUAUUGAUAUCACGGCGAGAUCGGAGAAAGCCAGGCUGUAUAAUUAUCCAAGUUGGAACCCGCCUGAGUUCAGUCCGCUGCUUCCUCGGGCUAAAACACGAGGUGUUGGUGAAUCAAAAGGGUAAUAAUAAAAAAUAAAUAGUAUUUUACAUUAGUGGUGUUAUAAACUUUUUUAGGGCUGAUUUACAGGGCUUUUUUUAAUUGUUAUUUCAAACUAUCAUUUUUUUCAUCAGAUAUGUGG